AAGAAAGCUCCUCAUAAGCUAGUGCAUCUGCAAUCAUGUCAAGCUUGGAGGAGCCUCUUAGUCUAGACAGGUUGCCAAGGUUGACCAAUAUUGAUGGGCUGGAUGGUAGAUUCUCAUCAAAUGGCUGUAGGCGGCCAGUGGGAGAUGAUGGAAUGAGGGAACGAUGGAUUGAUGGGAGAAACUGCAGCUCAUCUAACAGCUGUGAAGAAGAUUUUGAUGAAUAUGGCAGAGGAAGUUUUGCAAAGAGAAGACAAUUUAGAGAUACACCAUAUAAUGGUGUGUCGAACCGGAGAAGUUUGAAUGGGGGAAAGAGGCACAUGUUAUUCAGUAGUGUACCGAAGUAUGUGAAGAUAGUUGAAGUUGGGCCAAGGGACGGGUUACAGAAUGAAAAGAAUACUGUUCCUACAUCUGUAAAGAUUGAAUUAAUUCGUAAACUUGUUUCCUGCGGAUUACCUGUGGUUGAAGUAACGGGUUUUGUUUCACCAAAAUGGGUACCUCAGCUAUCUGAUGCAAAGGAAGUGAUGCAAGCAGUUAAGGACUUGGAAGGAGCAAGAUUGCCUGUAUUGACCCCCAAUCUAAAAGGCUUUGAAUCUGCAAUUGCAUGUGGAGCAAAAGAAGUAGCAGUUUUUGCAUCUGCUUCAGAGUCAUUCUCAAAGCUGAACAUAAACUGUAGCAUUGAGGAGAGUCUUGUUCGUUACAGAGACGUCUUAUCUGCUGCUAAAAAGCUCUCAAUACCCGUUCGGGGGUAUAUAUCAUGUGUUAUUGGGUGCCCGGUUGAAGGAACAGUUUCACCUUCAAAAGUUGCAUAUUUGGCAAAGGAACUUCACAAUAUGGGUUGCUUUGAAAUCUCACUAGGUGACACCAUAGGAGUUGGUACUCCCGGAACUGUCAUCCCCAUGCUGGAAGCGGUGAUGGCUGUUGUUCCAGUUGAAAAGCUUGCUGUCCAUUUUCACGACACUUAUGGGCAAUCUCUUCCAAAUAUCUUAGUUUCUCUCCAAAUGGGGAUAUGCACGGUGGACUCGUCGGUAGCCGGAUUAGGAGGGUGCCCUUAUGCAAAAGGAGCUACAGGGAAUGUGGCAACGGAGGACGUGGUGUACAUGCUGGAUGGCUUAGGUGUGAAAACUAACGUCGACCUCGGAAAGCUAUUGGUGGCCGGCGAGUUUAUCAGCAAGCAUUUGGGACGUCAGUCUGGCUCCAAGGCUGCCAUUGCAUUGGCCCGUGUUUCAGCUGAAGCUUCUUGUAAAAUAUAAUUGAAGUAUACCACCAGCACAUAUGAGUAUGAAGCUCCCUGGAUUCCUUCCAAGAAAAUUGGAGUCUCUGGACCCCUUUUUUCUAUAGAUUUUCUUUCUGUUUUAAACCACAGAGUGGUGUGUCUAAGGGUAACAAAGAAAACAUUUCUAUAUAUGGAUGCAAAACGACUUUCGUAUAUAAUGUUUUCGUAUGAAUAUGAAAGAGAGUGUAAUUUGUUGUAUUCAACACAAGAAUGAAAGUACCACCCGGUGUGUUAGUUUACUUUUUUUUGGCAAAAGUGUGUUAGUUUACUUUAGAUGCUGUCUUUGUUCUGUUCCUUUCAAAUAUAACCUAUAAAAGUAUUUGCAAUCCUAAAUGAGGACACCCUGAACUUUUGGUAAAUUAUAUGGUACAAUUGGUUGUACCAUGCACACGAUACUGUCGGGUAUUUUAACUUAUACCUAAUGAGUGUAUAGUUAAAAUAAAAUGAGUACUUGUAUUAAACUAUAUAACUAUAUAUGUGUGUGUAGACUGUAGAUCAUGUAACGAAAUAAUGAAUAGUGUAAAAAAGUAGGAGAGAUGGUGGAAAAGUAUGAAAGAAAAGAUAAAAAGUAGAAAAAGUAAGAGUGAUUGAAUAUUUUUAAAGAAAAAACUUACCAUAAAGGAAAAAUGUAGCCAAUUUUUGAACACAUCCGAAAAAGGAAAGUGUAGCAAAAAAAAUACGGAGAGAGUAGUAAAAAUGCAUUAUAUUCAAUUUUGAAUCCUAUGAAUAAUUCACAAAUCUCUAUUAGUAUUUUUUUCAUUUCAAUAGAUAUAUCACAUUGACGCGCUAUUGGGCAUUGCCUCUAGUUUUACACUAUACCAUGGUAUGUGUACGAAGUAUGUUCUAUUCCUUUUUUCACUUAUCAUGCUUCAUGCGUGUCCAAUACUGGAAUACCGGUAAACUAUGAUUUGGUAUUUAACAUGGCCUAAUUGUUUCUUAACAUAUACUCGUACAUUGUACCAGUGGCGGAGUCAGAGAUUUUUCGCAGGAGGGACAUACUUAAAGCUAAGAAUUUUGUGUAUUUGCUCAAAAUUUAAUAAAAACAAUAAAAGCUUAACACAUUAGCACAUAUUAGUUCAUUACAUACUGCUUGACUUAUAUCUAUAAUCUCGGUAAAUCAAUUAUGCGAGUUUUAAUUUGUUCAAAAUGUUGUAUAAUAACUUUAUGUUGGAAAAACACGACCCUAGCCUUUUUCAAGAUCACGAGCUCAUAGACUCUUGUACACUUAUAUAUCCACACACUCACAAUACAAAUUCUCGAUCUGACAAUAUCACUUUGUUUUAUUCUCAUUCACUUUUUGUAUAUGAGACUACUUCAUUCCACCUAAGUUGAUCACAUACACUACGUCAAACGAUAUCUUUGAGCCUUCUUUUCUCACAAGAAGGCUUUCACUAUUCUCUUUCAAGGAGACUCUCACUUUCACUCGCUCAAUAUAUCUCCUCAAAGUUCUCAUAUAAAUGAGAAGCUUCUCUAUAAAUCUCAUCAAAGUUUCUCUAGAAUUUUUUAUACAUCACUACGCAUCAAGAUUCUUCCAAAAAGUAUCCACAAGCUUCUCUUAUCUUUUGGAAGGAUUUAGAAAACCUCACAAUUCUUCAAAAUGUUCUAGAGGCUUCCACAUGAUUUUGUGAGUUCCAUAUUUCUCCAAAAAAAAACUCUACAUUAUUAUUCUAGAACACUCAACACAUCUCUACACACAUAAAUAGAAUCUUGGAUGCUCUAAAAAUUCUAAAAUUCUCAUGAAUUUCUCCACCAAGGAGGGAAUCCAACAUAGUAUCGAGAAUGUUUUGAUGAUAUUUUUGUUACAAGAAAAGUGACAACAUAUUAGUCAAACUCAACACUUUCUUGCUCACUAUAACCACGAAAAGCUAACACAUGCGUCAUUUAAUGUCUAAAACAAUCCGCACUUGCAUUCAAAUGAGUGUGAUAUGCUACCGCCAAUACUUGUAUUCUUAGAGACACAUACGUUUCCUAAAAGACUUUUCCUUUUAUUUUAACAUUUAACCUAAAAUUAUCCUUAAACAGUAUUUAUUUUUGACAAAAGGAGGGGCAUUAAAUAUAUUAUAAGUAGUAGUACUAAAGAAAUUUGCCCGAAGCGGAGGCGCUUGCCCCCUCAUGCCCCUCCCUAGCUCCUCCACUGCAUAGUACUAUCAUAUACAGAGUAUUUUAUUUUUUAUUUUACCCCAGAGGCAUCAGGGGAGGGGAUCAAUCUCACUCUAUUGAGAAUUGAACCCGGGACCUCCCAUAAGGGAGAGUGAGUCAGCGACCAGCUGGGCUGGACCGCUUCCUCUCGUAUACGGAGUAUAUGUCGUGAACUUUUUUUGGAAUUUACCUAAUAAUUACUUAGUAAAAAAAUUAUUACUAAACAAAAAUUACUUUUUUAAAUAAUUACUUAGUAGUUAGUACGGAGUAUAAUUACUAGGCAAACUCACAUUAUACACAGUUGUGUCAAUAGUUCCGCUGUAGCAAUCAACUAGUUGUAUGACGCGCGAUGCGCGAGGAAAAAAUGUCCAAAAUUAUUUUCGUAAGGUUAAUAUAAUGGAAUGUUAAUGAUUAUUAUAUUUGGGUUGCUUGAAAUUGUACACAAACACUUUAUUAGAAUAUAAUACAGAAAUUGCCCUAAAUAGGGGUCAAGUUUGGCAUUACAAGGCUUUUAAACAUGGCAUUUUUUUCCAAAUUUGGCAGAUUACUCAUAUUCAGGGAAUAAAAAACAUGUUACUCCUAUUUUGGAAUUUCAAAACGUUUUUACUCCUAUUUAGGGAAUUCUCUCAAUAUAAUAUCAACACUUUACCAAAAAAAAGAAUAUAAUAUCAACAUAGUGAUAAUAGACAAUAAAAAAUAGUGGGCUGAAUGAUGAGGUUUAUAGCGUGCAAAACAUGUGCGCCACUUUAAUAUUUGAACCCAAUAGGCCAAUAUGUAGUUAUUAAGUGGCGGGUACAAUAACGAGUGUGAUUAAUAUAUAGUUCCACUGAGGUAAAAUCAAUAAUAUUUCUGAUUCAAUAGCUUAAUAUUCUUCUCUGAUAAGCAUAUGAAAUAAAAUAUUUCAAUGGACAGACAUAUUACGGAGUACUUGGGAUUGAGUUGGGGGUGACUGUGGUGAUGAUUUGACAUCUACCGUUUAUAAUAAAACUAUAUCUAUACACAUAUUUACAUUUUCAAUUGACACUUAUGACUCUGCAAUAAAGGAAUUUAAGACAUAUUAAGGCAAGAUAUCGGCUUCUUGAAAUUAUGUUAUAGUUUUUCAGAAGGGAAAUUUGCAAUUUUCUUCCCGUAACAUUCGGCCGUUUUCAUUAUUAGUCUCGUAACUUUAGUAACUUGUAAAUCUGAUCCUGUAACUAAUUAAUAUUUGUGAUUCAAAGACUUUUUCCUUGAAAAGUACACUCUUCGAUGAUAGUAUACCGGAAAAGAUGUCGCCGGCGUCGGUUUUUUCUGCCAGAAAAUGUACUUUCCGAUGGAAAAUUCUUUAAAUUGAAAAGACUUGUUAGUUACAGGACCAAAUUUGCAUGUGAUUAAAGUUACAUGACCAGUAACGAUAACAACCGAAAGUUACAAGAUUAAAAUUGCAAAUCUCUCUUUUUCAAAUAAUAAUAGCAACAACUUAAUUAUGUCUUUAUAUUUUUAAUAGCAUACAAAUAACAAGAACAAAAAUAAUAAUAAAUAUUAAUAAUAAUCAUAAAAAUAUUGAUAAUAGUAAUACGAUAAUAAUAAUGAUAACAAUAACAUUGAUAAUAAUAAAAUUAUUGAUAAGAUGAUCAUAAUAAUAAUAGUUUAAUUUACAUAAAAUUUGUAUUUUUAUCCUCUACAUAACAAAUAAGGUCACGUAGAGAAGAUUUUAUUACAAAUGAAAAAUUAAGUGGAAAUAUUGAAUGGAAAUAAAUUCAAUCAAGUAUGAAGUAAAAUGCCAAGGGCACAUGUACGAACUUGGAAACUCUUCCGUUUGGUUUUUAACGGAAGUAAGGAGUAGAUAAAGAGAUUAUAGUGAAUGGUGCAAUGCCUAAAACAAAUGGUACAAGAGCAUUUUGCUAUAAUGUUACACCAACAUUUUUAUCAUUCCUAAAAUGCCCUAAUCAUCAUUGGUGUUUAUAAGUUUUUAGAUUAUAGGAGUGUUUGUGUUGGUUCGUUUUGAUUAGGUAUGAUCCAUUUCAAGAUCUACAAUUUAAAUUCUUUUUUAUAUUAUUCUAUUCGAGUAGAGUAAUGACUGGAACUUUUUGAACGAUUUAAUAGUAUCAUAUUUGUGUCUGUUAGAAAGGCUGAUAAUAUUUAUCCUAUUGUAGGCAGAGAAAGUAUUGUUGGAAAGGUUUGUUAAGUUUUUAAAUUUUUGUGAAAUGUUGAUCUAUUUUUACAUGUCCGCAUACUAUAGUAACUCAUUUACUUUAUCUAAAUGUUUAGUGCUUACCAGGUGAGGCUAAUAUAAGAAACACAUAUCAGGGCUCAUGAGUAUAUUUGGGCUGGAGUAUGAUUCUAUCUCCUUUAGGAGGUCUAAAUCAAUAUAUUGAGACUCCCUCUUUUGAUGUUAAUUUGAUUAUCUGUCUUUAAUGUAGUGAUACAUUCAAUUAUUCAUGCAAGGGGCAAGAUGUAAAAUUUUUUUAGACCCUAAAAAUCUAUCAAAGAAAGUAGUUCAUCACUAAUUUUCCGUUUGAACCUCAGAAAGGAUUAUAAAUUAUGCAGCAAAGUAUUGAUGGACUUUAGAAUGAAAUAAAGUAUGGCGAACAUAUGAUGGUCAAAAUUUAUUAAAUUGAUAAUAGAACUUUAUUCCUAAUAGAAAGUAAUGGACUUGAAACCAAAACCAAUCAAAAGCAUCAAGUUUUUUUUAUGGUAUUAAAACCAUCAAGUUUAAAAAUAGAAAAAUGGUUAAAAAAAUCAUCUUAAGAGAUAGCAAUGUGUUUAUUGGUCUGUAUGUUUUUCUUUAUGAUGUUUAAAUGAACACUCUGGUUUCAUUUCACUUACUAUGUAUGAAGUAACUUUCAGAAGAAAAACAAAAAACCUCACUUCAACCAUUCUUUGAAAUUAGCUGAAAUGUAGGAUGUUUUAUACAGUAGUAUCAUUUGUAUUUUCUAUAAAUCUGAAAGGAGCAGUAUUUAUAUUAUCAAUUAUUUUGUGAAAAAUGGUUAAUUUACAACCAAAACGUCUUGGAUAGGCUGCCUAGGCUGCUUGAACUUUGUUCAAUACUUCAUCUACCUACUUUUAUUCAAAUAACUUUCCAUUUCAUUCUCUUAAUCAUGGUCACUUUCUUCAUUUGCACACUCCAGACAUUAUAUUACUCCUUAAAUAAUUUCGGAUUAACCCUUUUUGUGCCUUGGUUUUGAAAAUAUGUUAACAUAGAUUGUCCCUAAGGAAAAUAAACUAUAUUUUUGUUAUAAGCCUAUACAUAAGCCUAAGGAAUUUACAACAUAGAUGUUAAUAUUUUUGUUAAAAUAUUGAAUUCCAAUUACCAACCAUGUUUUAACUAAAAGUCUGGAAGUAACUAUACCCUCUAGCUCCCACUUCCAACCUCCUGGUCCCAUUUACAUAAGAGAUAAAAAGCAACUCAGAAGACAAUUGAUGCAUCAUAUGUACGGAUUGCAAUUUACGUAUCAUACAUCCUUUUCGGUUUUUCCACAUUGAUAAAAUUGAUUUAUCACAGUUUCAUACAAAAAAUGAAAUAUAGAGAGCUGUUAUGGUGGAACGGAGAAGACAGAGAGAAAUUAGAGGUAGGGUUGUAAAAACCUGCUUCGGUUGUUAGUAGAGUAGAACAAUAUGGUUUGAGUGCUCUAGGGCACCCUCCCAACGAAACCCAAGAUUCAACAUACUUCGAACUUGGAAGUGAGUAAAAACGCAGACAAGGAUAGGGUGAUAUAAGACUUUGAGAUUUAACGGAACACACCAGAAUAUGGGAUGAAGUAAGAAUGGUGAGGUUUAUUUAACGGAAGACAUCG